CAAUCUUAUAAAAGGGCUUCGGACUUUGCUCCUUGUAUCAUUUUCCCUUUAGACCUAGUGGUGCACGUAGUGUAAAAUAAAACUAGUUCAAAACAUCAGAGAAACAUUGUUGUUCUAUUUUAUUUAGCAACAUAAUUUUACAAAGAAAUCAUUAAAAGAUGUUUUUAAUAGCCCUCUUUGGUUUUGUGGCAAUUGCAAAUGGCCUGCCAGCACAGCAGAUUCUGGGUCCAGCAGCAACGCUCACAGCUAUUCCAGCAACAAAUCACAUUUUGAUUCUUACCCCACAAGCACAAGUCCAACUUGAGCCAUCUUUGAAAUACGCCCAACCAAUAGUACAACACCUAGCUCCAGUUGCACGCAUCGAUAGCCCAUUAGAUCAGACAGUAGUUUAUGUGCCCAACGAUAAUAUCAUCAAUGCAGCGGCAGCCGUCCAUCAAGGCAAACAAUUAGAAACUUCCAACAUCACCAACGUUAUUAAUCAAUUUGUGAAUGCUGGCCAGACUGUACAAGCCGAGUUACAAGCAUUGCAAAAUCAACUGUCACAAGGACUUGAAGGUAUCAUAACGCCUGGGCAGAAAGCCGAAGGCAGCGCUGCAGUCCCACUAGAUGCCCCGAAACCAGUAGCUCAACUCUCCGAAACCCCCCGUCAAGAUUCUGGUAGAUUUUUUAGCGUCCCCGCAGGGAUUCCACAGUUCUACAGCAAUAUCGAAGUCAUCCACACCCCAUUGAAUCCACUGUUCGCCAUUCAACCAAUUCAGACAAUUCGUGCCAGGAGUGUUGUUCAUCCCGAGGACAAAGCCAAUGCAAAUGUCGCUGCCCUACAAGAGAAAACAGAACCUCUGAAUCUUGCUAAGAAAACAGAAGAAGGUGGAGCAGAGCAAAAAGCUCAGGGAAACGAAAAUCAAAACCAGGCAAGGAAUACUGAGAAUGCCGAACUUGCCACCGUGCAGGCAUCGCAAGCAGAUAAUUUCGAUGACAAAAGCCUGAAAGUUCAAAAAGAAAACGAACAAGCUCCAUCUAACUCCCAAUUCGGAAAGUUCUUGGGUUCGAUUGAAAAACGAAUUGCCUCACCAGAAGCUCCCUUGGAAUCAAAUUUAAAAGAUGCUAAAGUUACCGAAUCAAAGGAACCUGGUAGUCAAGGAGUUAGCAUCGCCGAAGCACUUCCAGCUGGAUUAGCUAUAAGCGGUGAAGGUGGCUUAGCACAAGCAAGACCCAUUGCAUCCGCCAUCACUGGAAAAGACGGUAUUGCUUAUUCUGCUCCAUCAGGAACAGCAAUUUCCGGAACCAGUGAUACUGAAAAGGCCUCCAAGUCUUCCUAGAUGACCAUCGAAACACAAACAUAAAACUUGCUCUUGCAUCUUAAAAUUAACAUUUUUCCACGAAAUCUCAUGACUAACGUACUCGUAAAUGACCAAUUGAUUUAUCAUUACCAUUUAUCAUCAUCAACAUUAAACAAAAAGUAAAAAUAAAAAAUUCUUGUGAAAAAAUUCAA